AUGACAAACCCAACUCGUAUUUGUAUAAUCGGUGGUGGUAUAAUUGGAGCUUCAAUUGCUUUUCAUUUAUCUGAAGCUGGAUGUUCGAAUAUAACUAUUGUUGAACGAACAAAUAUUGCUUGUGGUGCUAGUGGACGUGCUGGUGGAUUUCUUGCUAAAAAUUGGCGUACUGGUGCCGAAGGAAAAUUUUCUGAAUCAAGUUUUUUAGCUCAUAAUGAACUUGCUGAACGUUUAAAAAAUGAAUUUUCUACUGAUGUUUUGUAUCGUCGUUUAACAACAUAUAAUUUAUCAGUUGAUGAAAUUACUGAUAAAACAAAAAAAUCAAAUGAUUCAACAUCAUUACCAAAAUGGAUUACUGCUAAUGUUCAUCAACAAGAAAUCUUAGGAAAUGAAGAUACAACAGCACAAGUUCAUCCUGGUUUAUUAACAAAUGCCUUAGUUAAAAUUGUAGUAAAUCGAGGUGGACGUGUUGUUAUUGGUAAAGCAAAUGGUUUUCUUUUUGAAACAAUAACAACUCAUACAGAAAAAGAUGAACAUCAUCAAACAUCACCUAUUCGUGCUGUUAAAUUAUUAAUUGAAGAUCAAGAUCCAAUUGAAGCUGAUAUAUUUAUACUUACUAUGGGACCGUGGACUUAUCAAGCAGCACCAUGGUUUCGUGAUGCUAUGGUAUUUAAAGAAAAUAUUUCUCAUCAAUUAGAUGCUAUUAGUGGAGUUAAAGCACAUAGUAUUGUAUUUAAAGGUAAUCAACCAACUGAACCUUAUGCAUUUUUUCUUGCCUAUCAAUCCAAUGAUGGUAAAGUAUUAGAUCCAGAAAUUUAUCCACGAUCAAAUGGAGAUAUUUAUGUUUGUGGUUUUGCUGAACAACAAUCACAAAAUUUAGUUGAUAGUGGUAAUUCAGUACCAAUUGAUGAAAAAAGUUGUGAUCAUCUUCGUCAAAUUGCUGUACAAAUAUCAUCAACAUUAAAAGAUGCAAAUGUAGAAAUUAAACAAGCAUGUUAUUUACCACAGUCAAAUGAUGGAAAUCCAUUAAUUGGACGACUUUAUGGAUUAAAUAAUGUUUACAUAGCAACAGGUCAUAGUUGUUGGGGUAUUCUAAAUAGUUUAGCAACUGGUGCACAAUUGACUCAAUUGAUAUUAAAAGGUGAAAUGUCACCAUUUUUAAAACAAUGCGAUCCAGCACGAUUUUUUCGACGUACAACAACUCAGAAAUAG